AUGCAACGUUUUAUAACCCAAUCGAUACGUUCAGUUUUCCCUCGCGUUCCAAUCGCAUACCCUCAAAGACUUAAGUUUGCAAGUCCUCUAUCCAGAGCUCAGCAUGUGGUACCUCUGAGCAGGCGCAAUUUUGCCAAUUCACCUACACUAUACAAGAAGAAGGAUAAGGCCAAGAAAAGCCCAGCUCCUGAGCCAGAAGAGAGUGCCAGCAUUCCCACCGAAGACCCGUUUGACCUUUCCAAACUACAUGAUGGUAUUUCCGCCGCGGUUACUCGGUUAAAGGACGAUCUAUCCAAGCUCCGUGCAGGCGGACGGUUUAACACCACACUCUUGGAGGGUUUGAAAGUCCAACUGAGUAAAGAAAGCAAAGAUUCUGUCAAACUAGGAGAUUUGGCACAGGUCGUUCCCAAAGGAGGGCGAAUGGUCACUCUUUUGGCAGCCGAAGAGGAUCACUUGAAACCUCUCACUUCGGCCAUCGUCUCUUCGAACCUCUCUUUGACCCCGCAACCUGAUCCUCACAACCCACUCCAGCUUAACAUUCCCAUCCCACCACCCACAAAAGAGUCUCGGGACAAGAAUGUCCAGGCAGCGAAGCAAGCGUUUGAAAAGGCCUCUAGUGUAGUACGCGACUCCAGGGGUGCCAUGCACAAACGUCUCCAAGAUAUGCAGAAGAAGAAACUGGCUCGACCGGAUGACGUGCGCAAAGCUCAUGAUCAGAUGGAAAAGGUCACAGAACAGGGCCAAAAGGAGGUCAAGGAUGCGUUUGACGCAGCGAAAAAGACCCUGGAACAGGCUUGA